CGCGCUGGGGACCCCGAGCAACUGCCAAGGCAAAAGCACGACCUGCAGCAUCUGCGGCCACGCGUUCAAAUGGCCUUACCUGCUGGUGCGCCAUCAGCGGACGCACACCGGGGAGAAGCCCUUCCUGUGCCCCCACUGCCCCUACCGCGGCACCCGGCGCGAGUACCUCAACCGACACAUCCUCACGGACCACCCUGGGUUCCCGACGCAGCACCUGCACCAGUGCUGAGGGGCGCGGGCGGACGGGCGGGGCAGGACCGUCUGGCCGCACCCGCCGCAGCCGCCGCUCCGCCGCAGCCCACCCCCGCGCACGCCCCCUACCAGCCGGGCGUCCCUCCGGGGCCCCCUCACCCGGGCAAGCAGGGCGAGGACCAGGCCUACCCCUCGAGGAUGACUCUCCAGGCCCCGCUCCCUGCCUCCGCCCCCGCCUCCUCCGCCCUCAAGCAGGGGGAGAACGACUUCGUGUGCGGCGUGUGCGGGAAGCGGUUCAGUUUCCCCUCCCUGCUGAAGCGCCACAUGAGGAUCCACACGGGGGAGCGGCCCUUCCCCUGCCCCUACUGCAGCCACCGCGCCAACCAGAAGUCCAACCUCAUAAUGCACAUCAGGAGCAACCACGGAUACAACAUGGGCUCCCCGCCGCUGUAGGAGGGGGGCGGGGGGGGGGGGGGGAAGGGGAUGAGGGGAGAAGAAGAGGGGAAUGAAUGGAGAAGAGGAAAGGGGAUGAGAGGAGAAGGAGAAGAGGGAGGGAUGAAGGGAGAAGAAGAGGGGAAUAAAUAGAGAAGAGGAAAGAGGAUGAGAGGAGAAGGAGAAGAGGGGGAUGAGGAGAAAAGAAAAGAGAGGAUGAGGAGGAGAACGAGGAGAUGAAGACGAAUUAGAAAGUGAAAACCUGGAUGAAUUAGAGAGUGAAUGGAGGAGGAGAAAGUGAAAGAGAGAAAGAGAGGAGAGGAUAUUAGACAGAAGCGAGAGAAAGGGGGAAGAGGUAAAGCGAAAAACUGCCAAAAAAUAUUUAUAAGAAAAAAUGUCCCAAUUGUGCCGUACAGUUACCUUGAUUGAGUCUGUGGUAUUGUACAGAAUUCUGGCCCCAAUGGCCCUCGUUUUCAUCACAGUCCGCGGGCGUUUAAAUAACUUAUAAAUCCAAAUAAUGGAAAGGAGGACAUUUCUAGAAAAAAAAGUGAUGGGAGAGAAAGAGAGAGUGAAAGAGUAAGAGUAAAAGUGAGAAUGAGAGUGAAAUAGUGAGAGUGAAAGAGUGAGAGUGAAAGAGUGAAAGAGUGAGAGUGAAAGAGUGAGAGUGAAAGAGUGAAAGUGAAAGAGUGAAAAUGAAAGAGUGAAAAAGUGAGAGUGAGAGAAAGAGAGAGUAAGAGAGAGAGAGAGUAAGAGAGAGAGAG